AUGCAUGCAUUAUGGGUUUGUCCAGCAACCAAUGACAUAUGGGCUGUGGAAGAAGGAUAUGUGCAGAAAUGGGGACAAACAGAGGAGGAAUUCAUGGUGUUUUGGGAAAAGUUAAUGGAUAAGCUGAGCAUGAAGAAGAAAGAAGAAAUGGUUGUGUUGCUUAGAAGAGUUUGGCUUCACAGGAAUGAAUUUGUUUUCGAAAAAAAGCUAGGAUGUCCCAAGACAUUGGUGAAGACAGCUAUAGAAAGCUUACUUGACUACAAGACAACUCAGUCUCCUACAAAACUAGUGGCUAAAGGGCAGAGCAGCAGUGAGAGAAGAGGCAUGAGAUGGGAGAAACCAGAGGAUGGGUGGGUGAAGGUGAACUGGGAUGCUUCACUAAACUUGAAAGAGAGAAGGAUGGGGGCAGGGAUUAUAAUUAGAGAUGAGCAGGGUGAAGCCUUAGUUGCUGUUUGUGAUCAAAAGGCCAAUGUUGUUAGCCCAGUGGUUGCAGAAUGUUUUGUUUUGAGGAUGGCAGUAGAGCUGUGCAGUGAACUGAACAUACAUAAGGCUAUUUUCGAAGGAGAUGCAUAA